CAGCAUCCACAGAAGCGCAGUCAUACAGAAGAGACAUUGUCCACUGAAGAUGAGAGCAUGAGCAGUUCUAGCUCCUCACAUUCAAUUGAAAAAAAUAUUGGAAAGAAGGUCAAGUCUGACUUCAAUGUUCGAGCUUUGCUGGAGAAUUCUCAUGUUGGGCGAUCAAUCAUUGCCGAAAUAGAUAGUGAUGGAAUGACAAGAAAAAGUAGAUUACAAUUUGUUAGGAUUGUUGUUGCUGAAAUCAUCAAUCACUUUGGAGAUAGACCCAGCUGUGAAGUAAAGAAAAGAAUGGCUAGGGCCAUCAUUGAGGAGUUCCCAUCACUAAAGGAUGAUGAGGGCCAUGGAUUUGAGGCAUGGUACACACCUGGAAAGGGCAGGCAUUCUGCCACGGGUUGGAUUGAAGAGCGUUUAAGGAACGUCAGACGUAGUUAUGUAAAACCUAUUUCUUCAACUAGUUCUUCCAGUUCUUCAUUAGUUUCUGCCACCUUGCAAG